UAGAGAAAGAAAGUGAAAUUCUACCAAAUUCACUUCUCUCUCCAUAAACACAAGUCUCUCAUUUCUCAUCAUUAUAUUUUUACUUCUUUCAACUUCACCAUUUUCUCUCUACUUUCUUCAACACACAUUCACAAAACCAAGGUGUGAAAUGGCUUUGGGGAGCAAUGAGAAAAGAAAAUCAAUUUUGAAUGUGAGACUUGGAAUGGAUUCUGAUUCUCUCAGAAGCCCCACUUCACCACUUGAUGUUACUUUGCUUUCAAAUAGAGGUAACACGUUAAGAACAAUGUCACCUGAUCAAGGACAAAAAAGGGGUUGGGACUGUACCAAAGUAGGUUUAAGUAUCAUAGAUUCCUUGGAAGAUUGUUCUAAAUUUUCUAGGAAUGUUCUUAUGUCAACUGAGUUCAACAAGGGUAGUAGUCUCAGUCCUAAUCCUAGUCCUCGAAUGAUUACUAAAGUGCCGAGCUAUAAUCGCUGUUUGGAUUCUGUUAAGGCUUCUAGGUCGUUGCCGAAAGAUUUUUUUAAGCUGCCUUAUACUCGUAAUAGUUCUGUUUUUCGUAAGGGUGAAUCGAGUGUUGUUUUUGAAAUCGGUGAAACGUUGGUAGAACAUGAGUUACCCUUUGGGAAAUCAAUGUCUUGUUUGUUGGACUUUUACAAAAGUCCGAUUAAAGAUUAUAACUUGGAUGAUUCGAAACCAGUGAGUUCUCCUCGUUUUAUUGGAGAAAAUAUGAAUCCAAACAUGUUGCUACCGAUGUCUCUAUCUGCAAGUGAGAUUGAAAACUCUGAGGACUAUACUUGUGUUAUUUCGCAUGGUCCUAAUCCGAAGAAAACACAUAUUUAUUGUGAUUGCAUACUGGAUGUUCAUGCUGGUGGUGAUGUUAAAAAACUUCCAAAUGAGAAUGAAGAGAAGGAGGGUUUGUUUUGUUCCACGGUUGACCGAUUAGCGACUCCAAAACAAUUUCCCCCGGCUGAGUUUUUGACUUUCUGCAACAGCUGCAACAAGAAGUUUGAAGAGGGUAAAGAUAUUUACAUCUAUAGAGGUGAAAAGGCAUUUUGCAGUUUAACUUGCCGCACCCUCGAGAUUAUGAUUGAUGAGGAGCUAGAGAAAUCCAAUGCACCACCAUCUGAGAACUCUAUCGAGUAUGAAUCUGGUGGAGAAGUUUUUGGAUCUGGCAUCUUCACUGCUGAAUAGAGGUUUUUUCUGCCAUCGACACACCGAGUCCAUGAAAUGAGUAAACGCACCAUAUCAUCUGUUUAAAAAAGAGCUGUUUUUUAUGAACUUUAGCAGCCAUGGAUGAUUGUUUUGUACAUGAUUGCGUUCGCCAUUGGUUUUUUAUUUUGGCUUUUCAUGGUCUCAAGUGGAUGGGGACUCUCUUCAGCUAGAUUUGGUUUUGGUAUAUGACUUUACUAUAUAAUAUGUUAUGGUUAUGUAUGGUUUUUGAACAUGCAAGAACCUAAAGGGUUUAAGCUCAUUUUUCUUGGCUUACCCUUUGGUGUAGUUGCUUUCUUACUUGAUGUCUAAGAAAUCUAUGUAUGCCACCUAAACAAGUUUUUGACUUGAAUCUUAUACAUUAUUACUAUUGGAAUGUAUCUAAACAUGUUUCUUUUCCUAUGUA